AUGGCCAUUCGUCUCUUCUGCAUAACUUUGUUGGCCAUGGUUUGCCCAGCACUGGCUUGCCAGAGCACAGCUGAGUUUGACAAUGAUGCUUAUGUUCUAUCUUUGUUGGGCGGCUCGAUUGGCGGAAUUGUGAUCGCCCUUCUCAUGGUGAUCCUGGUUUCAUUGCCAUUGUGCUGUGGAGUUUUCAAGCUCUAUGGCAAGGUCAUUGCUGGCAUCGGCAUCUCGUUGGGCCUCUUUGCUUUGAUCGUUCCCCUCUUCGGGGCUUUAGGCUCAUGUGUUCCUUUUGUGGACUACAUGUGCUCGGAGCGGUGUGUUCCGUGCACAGAAGAUGACAAGGAUGCUGCAGCGAAGAUUUGCGCAACCCUUGGGGCCUUUGUAGUGUACAUUGGUGCUUACGGCUGGCUGGCUUGCGUGCUCGGCAUUGUAGCAGCCAGCUUGGGCUGCUGCGUUUGCUGCGAGUGCUGCCGGGCAAAGCUAGAUGAGUCUGAAAGGAUGCGACAGGUUGGCGGCAACCCAAUGGCUGUAGUGGUCGGCAAGGACACGGAGUGA